CUAACGGCCACUAACACAGAGACACCCCCAAGUCCUAAGGGUCGCGUGCUCUCCACCCUGAGCCCCCUCUCGUAACCGUCAGGGUCAUGGUCACACGAGGUUCCCGCCCCACCCCCACAAUCCCUCUUCCUGCAGAGAUACCCUCUGCCUCCACUCCCUUAAAGUGCGCUUGGCUCCGGAGCCAGAUGCGGUAGCGGAUUCUCCAAAGCGCAGGCCGACGGACUCGGGCAACCCGCCCGCUAGUCCUAAACUUCGCCCCUCGCUGGCUGUCAUUGGCUAAAUUUUAUCAGGCAGUCCCACCCCCUGAUCUCAUUGGUUUGUUACACUCGGCCCAGCUGGUCCAACUAGGUCCCUCCCGCUUCAGGUAGAAAAGGGGGGCCCGAUGGCGAUCGCGAUGCGGCUGCGGAACCAGCUUCAGUCUGUGUACAAGAUGGACCCGCUGCGGAACGAGGAGGAAGUCCGGGUGAAGAUCAAGGACCUGAACGAGCACAUCGUCUGCUGUCUGUGCGCCGGCUACUUCGUGGACGCCACGACCAUCACGGAAUGUCUGCACACCUUCUGUAAGAGUUGCAUAGUGAAGUACCUGCAGACCAGCAAAUACUGCCCCAUGUGCAACAUAAAGAUUCACGAGACCCAGCCCCUGCUCAACCUCAAACUGGAUCGGGUCAUGCAGGACAUCGUGUACAAGCUGGUGCCCGGCCUGCAGGACAGUGAAGAAAAAAGGAUACGAGAAUUCUAUCAGUCACGAGGCCUGGACCGAGUCACCCAGCCCACCGGGGAAGUGGGUACCGUGUUUCUCCUAGAACCAGCCCCGGGUACCCUUGGUCUCCCCUUCAACAGCUUUGACCAUUCAAAAGCACACUAUUACCGUUAUGAUGAGCAGCUCAGCCUAUGCUUAGAAAAACUAAGCUCCGGCAAAGACAAAAGUAAAAGCAUUUUACAGCACAAGUUCGUCCGUUGUUCUGUCCGAGCCGAGGUUCGGCAUCUCCGAAGGGUCCUGUGUAGAAGACUAAUGCUGAACCCCCAACAUGUACAGCUCCUAUUUGACAAUGAAGUUCUCCCAGAUCACAUGACCAUGAAACAGAUUUGGCUGUCUCGAUGGUUUGGCAAGCCCGCACCCCUGCUCCUGCAUUACAGUGUGAAAGAAAAAAGGAGGUAGAAGCUGGCCUCCCUCCCCCACCCCAGAUAUUUAUGCACCCACAGUGGCUUUAUUUUUGAAAUAAAAGUGAAAAAGCACUU